UCAUUGGAAGAAUGGCUACUUGGUCGGUUAUCUGUUUUUGUGUUGUUGCCACGUCGGCGAAGGUUGGAGGCCAAGAGUUGUACGAUGACUCGCCGACGGUGAAGCUGCCCCAGGGCACUCUCCGGGGGGGUUCCACCGAGACUGCAGACGGCACCAAGUACUACAGGUUCCUCGGCAUCCCUUACGCCAGGCCGCCGGUGGGGAACCUCCGAUUUGCGGCACCAAAAGACCCAGAAUCAUGGUCCGGGGUGAGAGAUGCGACCAAUUUCCGGUCAAUAUGCCACCAGGUUAAGGGCGGAUCUGAAGACUGCCUGUUCGUGAACGUCUUCACGCCAAAGCUCCCCACUAGCAGAAGUGACGUCUCUCUUCUGCCCGUCAUGGUUUACAUCCACGGAGGGGCGUUUGUGACUGGGUCAGGAAACAUCUCACCAGGACAACUAAUCAAUCAUGGGCUGGUGGUGGCCUCUAUCAACUAUCGCCUCAACGUGUUCGGUUUCCUGAGCGUCAACGGGACGGACGCCCCUGGAAACGCAGGGUUGAAGGACCAGUCCGCUGCCUUGCGGUGGGUGCAGAAGAACAUCGAGAAGUUCGGCGGAGACCCGAAAAGCAUUACCAUUUUUGGAAUGAGCGCAGGGGGAGCCAGCAUUCACUACAACAUCUUGUCUCCACUUUCAAAAGGCCUGUUCCAAAGAGCGAUCUCCGAGAGUGGUUCUGCCUUGAACCCUUGGGCUUUUAUCAAGAACACCGAAGCCCAUGCAUACCGCCUGAGCGCUGUGCUUGGGAAAGAGGCCCACAAUUCUUUAGAACUUCUCCGAAACUUACGGGCUGCGUCUGUCAAUGAACUGGCGAGUGGAAUCACCAAAGUCUUAACAGCAGAGGAAAACGUUAGGCUAAUAUCAAAUCCAUUCGUACCAUCGCUGGAGUUCCCGAGGAGCGGGGAGCAGCCAUUCCUGCCGCACGAGCCAGCCUACAUCGAGCAGCACGGUCUGUUCAACCAAGUGCCGUACAUCACCGGCGUGACCAAGAGGGAAGGAGCGUCCUUCGUCACCGAGAAGAUGAUGUCACAAGCUUCCUACUGGCAGGGCAUCAACAACGACCUGGAGCAGGUGGUGCCCGUCGCUCUGGGCCUGGCGAAAGGUUCCCAGAAGUCUAAGGAAGUGGCGCAGAAGGUGAAGAGCUUCUACUUUGGGAAUAAGGCCAUUUCGUACGAGAACCGCGAGUUGUGGAUAUCGCUGCAGACCGAUCUUUUGUUCGUCACAGGCGUCACUCAGACGGUACACACACACGCUAGGCACUCUGCCAGCCAUACCUACAACUACCAGUUCGUGUACGGGUACGCCACCCACGGUAUGGAAUACAUGUUCGUAGUAUACAACGGGAAGAUGCAAGGGGAGAGUUCCAACGCAGUGAAGCUCGCGAGGAUUCUGGGAGGACUGUGGACGAGCUUCGCCAAGACAGGGGUGCCCAGUGUGGAGGGAGUGGCGGCUUGGAAGCCAGUCACCUCUCAAGCAAGCUACCCUUACUUGGAAAUCAGUCUGACUCCAGCUCUCAAGUAUAACUUGGAGAAGGAGCGUAUGGACUUCUGGGAAAAAAUAUACAAUGAGUACGGAAAAACCACGACCACUUUGCACAAGAAAUCAUCUACCCAGCUGUUGGAGGCAUAUCCUACCUCCCAAGGACCGCCAGGUAGGCCUAAGAAGAUAUGUAUGUACCAGGCCUUAGAUGGCUUGGCAGCAUUCGGCCUGCCGGAGGACAGCUGCACACCUAAACUUACAUUAAUUUUCAGAAUGGCAUAUUGGUCGGUUCUCUUCUUUUGUAUAUUAGGCGUGUCAGCGAAAAUCGGCGGAGGGGAGUUGUACGAUGACUCGCCGACGGUGAAGCUGUCCCAGGGCACUCUCCGGGGGGGUUCCACCGAGACUGCAGACGGCACCAAGUACUACAGGUUCCUCGGCAUCCCUUACGCCAGGCCGCCGGUGGGGAACCUCCGAUUUGCGACACCAAGAGACCCAGAAUCAUGGUCCGGAGUGAGAAAUGCGACAAAUUUCGGGUCAAUAUGCCACCAGGUUAAGGGUGGAUCUGAAGACUGCCUGUUCGUGAAUGUCUUCACACCAAAGCUACCCACUAGCAGAAGUGACGCCUCUCUUCUGCCCGUCAUGGUUUACAUCCACGGAGGGGCGUUUGUGACUGGGUCAGGAAACAUCCCACCAGGACAACUAAUCAAUCAUGGGCUGGUGGUGGCCUCUAUCAACUAUCGCCUCAACGUGUUCGGUUUCCUGAGCGUCAACGGGACGGACGCCCCUGGAAACGCAGGGUUGAAGGACCAGUCCGCUGCCUUGCGGUGGGUGCAGAAGAACAUCGCGAAGUUCAGCGGGGACCCGAACAACGUCACCAUAUUUGGAGAGAGCGCAGGUGGCGCAAGUGUCCAUUACAACGUCCUGUCACCGUUGUCCAAAGGCCUGUUCCAAAGAGCGAUCUCCGAGAGUGGUUCUGCCUUGAACCCUUGGGCUUUUAUCAAGAACACCGAAGCCCAUGCAUACCGCCUGAGCGCUGUGCUUGGAAAGAGGCCCACAAUUCUUUAGAACUUCUCCGAAACUUACGGGCUGCGUCUGUCAAUGAACUGGCGAGUGGAAUCACCAAGGUUUUGACAGCAGAGGAAAAAGUGAGGCUAAUAUCAAAUCCAUUCGUACCAUCGCUGGAGUUUCCGAGGAGCGGGGAGCAGCCAUUCCUGCCGCACGAGCCAGCCUACAUCGAGCAGCACGGUCUGUUCAACCAAGUGCCGUACAUCACCGGCGUGACCAAGAGGGAAUCUGCCUCCUUCGUCACCGAGAAGAUGAUGUCACAAGCUUCCUACUGGCAGGACAUCAACAACGACCUGGAGCAGGUGGUGCCCGUCACUCUGGGCCUCGCUAAAGGUUCCCAGAAGUCCAAGGAAGUGGCUCAGAAGGUGAAGAGCUUCUACUUCGGCAACAAGACCAUUUCGUACGAGAACCGCGAGCUGUGGAUAUCGCUGCAGACCGAUCUUUUGUUCGUCACAGGCGUCAUUCAGACGGUACACACACACGCUAAUCACUCAGCCAGCAAGACAUACAACUAUCAGUUCGUGUAUGGCCAUUCCGGCCACGCUAUGGAGCUUAUUUUCGUUCUAUACAACGGGAAGAUGCAAGGUGAGAGUUCCAACUCAGUGAAGAUCGCAAGGAUUGUUGGAGGACUGUGGACGAGCUUCGCCAAGACAGGGGUGCCCAGUGUUGAGGGAGUGGCGGCAUGGAAACCGGUGACGUCAAAUGGCAGCUACCCCUACCUCGAGAUUAGUCUCUCUCCGGUACUCAAGUAUAACUUGGAGAAGGAGCAUAUGGACUUCUGGGAAAACAUUUACAACGAGUACGGUAAUUGACAACCACUUUGUAGAAAAAACUAAAAUGAAAUUGACGGCAAACAAAAUUAAUUGUUAAUAUUAUUAAUUGUUAAUAAUAUUACACAUGUAUAUGCACAUCCAUAUUUAACUCAAAAACUAUUUUGCACUACCAUGUUUUCUGUGCAAGUGUGAAACCAACUGUUUAAGUUGAACAUUUACUCGAAGUACACACUUAAGGGAGCCGUCUGGCUGGGCGCACGAGCUCUAAAGGCGCUGGGCUGAUAAAUCCUUUUUAGCGCUGGGCACCGAAAUGGGAUGAAUUCGUCUCACUGGUUAUGGUGACCCUACAGUUGUAUAUUACAUUUCUCUAUACCAUUUUCAAUACCGUGUUUAGAAUUUUCAGUGUGCUAAAACUUACUUGAAAACACACGUUUUAGCCUUAUUUACUGUCCGAAAAAUAUAUUUUAAAAAUUAAACAAUGUAAUGUAUAUAGACAAGUGAAUUUGCUCUUUCAUGCUAAUCGCAAUCGUACACUAUCAAAAAAUCUUGAACGAUUUUUAAUAGUGCGUUUACAGCCGGAGAUCUGAACAAUAUUUAGCGAACUAGCCAGGCGGCCACCUUAAUGUCACCAUAAUCACCAUUACACAUAAUUUAUCUCACCAAAUUGACAAAAACAUAUAAAAAAUUUGGAAACUGUAACGGUUUGUAAAUCUGUUUAAGUAAAACUUUCUUCGUGUCUCUCUACACCUUCCAUGGCAGCAUGCUUCACCCUCUUUGGCGUUAUGUCCAUAAAGUGGCCGAGAGGAUUCUUGUCUGACCUUACUCUUCCACCGCUGCUUUCUUAAAGUCGCAUUAGUCUCAGAGUGGGUUUUAUGGCAUUGUACAGUAAGUUUGAAAAAGUCCUAAGCGUGCUGAAUUUUAUUCACGUCUGGAGACAUUGCAGAUGUCAGCCUCUUAGAGGAUUAUGUCCACAAGCUGGACACUGUUGGCAGUAGGGCUGAACAAUGGACUAGAGGAUCCUGUCCCGAUAGUGUGGAACACUCGAAUUUCCCUUCUACCUCGAUGUAUGUCGUCCGACGUUCAUAAAUGAUGCCCGCCAAUAACAUGAACGACCCACGUCCCUGCUGGACCCUACUGACUGCCCGAGUCGUGUAGUGGUACCAGGCUCUCUCCACAGUAUUCUUCAAUGAUUGUCAGGUGUCAUACAGAUUUUGCACUAGUAAGUCAAGUUAACCUUACGCGAUUGCAAGUGCCGUCUUGCGUAUCUUUUCCUGGCGCCAUGGUUCCUGGUUUACAGUGCUGGUUAACAUGUUGGACGUCUAGCGGCCAAGUCUGGAUCGACACAUCUGUCUCUGUUGCCUCCAGGAAGGCAACGCGCUGUUCCAUGGCGUCCUUUUCUCUAUUCUUGCGAUUCAUAAUCUGAGUGUAGCAGUCAUCACGUGGUGUUGUUGUUCGUAAGGGACCAAUGUGGAGGAAGGUUGCUACACUUUUUUAACACAAUAACUCUGAUGUGUUCUAAUGACGUCACCGUGGUUUGCGCCAACCUGGCGGGCAUCUUGCCACACAGAAAACAUGUCUUCUGACUUCGCUAUUAACCUCUGGUACCUUUUUCUACAACACUGUAUAAUGUAAUUUUUUGAUAUGCUUAAAAUAAAAAAUCAAGAACUAUCAAAACAAUUAUUUUUAAUGAAACAAAAGCGGCGGGUUUUCUCUUAUUUCAUUUUCAUAGUGACUCUGUCCUAAUAAAAAGCCAUUAGUGGUACUUAUAAAAUUUAAGACAUCUGAUAUCAAACUUGCAUUGUUCUCUUCUUUUCAUUUUCAUAAUAACUCUAUCCUAUCGAAUUUACAUUAGGGAUAGAAAAUUGAAGACAACUGAUAUCAAGAUCCCCACGCUUUUUUUAUUAAAUUUAAAUUUCUUUAUUCGUUGAUUCUUAUUUUAAGCUUAUUAAAUUAUUACGUAUUACAGAAUUGUAGUUCAUUUUAUCGCUGUUGAACAAAUUGAUUAAAUUUAAAGAUUAUUUUAUACUUCUUGGUUCAUACAACAUAAAAAUGAUGUUUUCAUUUUUACAUAGAACUUUAUUAAAAAAGUUAUUCAAAAAUUUUUAACUUGUAAUUUCUCAAAUUUUAAAGUUUCUUAAGACCCGAUACAUCUAUGUAAAAAGUAAUCAUUUGUAAAAAUGAGUUUUUUCACUUAAAUUAGAUUUAAAACUACAAUGUUUAUCUGUUUGAAAAUUAAAAAAAAUAGUUAUGCAAUUAUA